CAAUCACAGCCAAGGACUCAGUGAUGCAGUGCCCCUCUUACUGGAGGGAUUCCUUGUAAAUGCUGCGUGACGGUGACGGCUCUGGGUGUCUCUUUCACAACAUCUCCUCCUCCUCCUCCUCUUCUUGUUCUCUGCCCCAGGGUUUCUUUUCUCCCAGCCUUGAACGUGGCGCUUCAGCCGCGCACCUUUGAACAGGAGAUAAUCUAGCGCCAUCCACAUAGCUCCCACAGGACUGGCUGUAGCGACGGCAGGCAAAGACAUCAUCCGUCUCCCUUUGUUUCCUUCAAGCAAAGCUCCACCUCUCUCUCUCACUCUCUCUGCCAGCCUCUCUCACAACCGCACUCUUUUCCUCAUCCUCCCUCUCACUCUCUCUCUCUCUCUCUUUCUCACAACUCCAGUCUCUACUACAGAUGAGCCUGCCUCCUCGUCUGGGUGAGCCCAUUUAAAGCUGAAGGUGUGCUAUUGUUGCCAGUGAGCUGCUGUUUGAAAGAGAAGACGAAGAAGAAACCACUCCUACCUAAGAUACUACCUGACCAUCAGCUGUUGAGCAACACUGCACCAAGUCACUGUUGACCUCAGGGCACAACUUCUCGAGAGCCGUGUUUUUCCUUGGACUGUGAAGAGGAACCCGGGAAGCCAGCGUGCUGCCAGCAUCUGUCUGGCCGCCCAGCAUCACCACCAUGAGUGAGAGUCGAAGGGAGGCGCUGGCAGCGGCGCCCGUGCCCACCACUGCCUCGUCCUUAACGGCCGGCUCCAACACCACCGUGGGUGGAGCAGGAGCUGGAGAGAACGACGAGGCCUUCUCCAAGCUGAAGAAGAAGUUCAUGAAUGAGCUCAACAAAAUCCCACUGCCGUCAUGGGCCAUCGUCUCCAUUGCGUUUGUGGCCAUCAUCCUGGUGUUAGCAUGCUGCUUCUGCAUCUGCAAAAAGUGGAUAUUCAAGAAGAAAAACAAAAAGAAGGGCAAGGACAAGGGCAAGAACGCCAUCAACAUGAAGGACGUCAUGGACGGGACCAAAACGGAGGCCUUGAAGGAUGAGGAGGAUGCGGAGACAGGGCUGACUGAAACGGAGAAAGAGACCACGCCCAAGGAGGACGAGAAACUGGGCAAAUUACAGUACUCCCUGGAUUACAAUUUCACAGAGAAUACGCUCAUAGUGGGGAUCAUCCAGGCUGCAGAGCUGCCUGCGAUGGACAUGGGGGGGACAUCUGACCCGUACGUGAAGGUUUACCUGCUGCCAGACAAGAAAAAGAAGUUUGAGACCAAGGUCCACAGGAAGACCCUCAACCCCGUCUUCAACGAGCAGUUCACCUUUAAGGUUCCCUACGUGGAGCUGGGUGGUAAAACCUUGGUGAUGACCGUUUAUGAUUUCGAUCGCUUCUCCAAACACGACGCCAUCGGUGACAUCAAGGUUCCCAUGAACAAGGUCGACUUCAGCCACAUAACGGAGGAGUGGAGGGAUCUGCAGAGCGCUGAGAAGGAGGAGCAAGAAAAACUGGGCGAUAUCUGCUUCUCUCUGAGGUACGUCCCCACCGCUGGGAAACUGACUGUGGUCAUCCUGGAGGCUAAGAACCUGAAGAAAAUGGACGUAGGAGGCCUGUCAGAUCCAUACGUGAAGAUCCACCUGAUGCAAAACGGCAAGAGGCUGAAGAAGAAGAAGACGACAAUCAAGAAGAACACCCUCAACCCUUACUACAACGAGUCUUUUAGCUUUGAAGUCCCAUUUGAACAAAUCCAGAAAGUGCAAGUUGUUAUAACUGUUCUGGACUAUGACAAGAUCGGCAAGAACGAUGCCAUCGGCAAAGUCUUUGUGGGCCUGAACAGCUCGGGGACGGAGCUGCGCCACUGGUCCGACAUGCUGGCCAACCCCAGGAGACCCAUCGCCCAGUGGCACGUGCUGAAGCCGGAGGAGGAGGUGGACGCUCAGCUCUCCACCAAGAAAUAGACGACAGGGCCCUUUCAGCACCUGCCUUGUAGUACUCUUUAGCCAGUAUGUGUAAAUACCUCAGUGAUAAAUGGGUCCGUUCAUGUAAACCCCGCCUCCUUUUAUGUUAGCCUCUCCCCCUCUGACCUCCUACUCUCUGCUUUAUUUCUAUCAGGUUCCUUGGUUUUCCUCACUUCUCUCCUUCUCUAUCUGUAUUGUUGGUUCCACACUGGUUCUUUUCCAUAAUCUCAUCAUCGACGCCCCCUGCCCCCCUGACCAAAUCCCCCCUUCUUUUAAGCAAUAUGACCUGUAUAGAUAGCGCAUGACUGAAAGACUUUACGGUACCACAGGUGUAUAUAUAAGUAUACAGACAAAAAUGAUUUCUAGUUUACGUGUUUGUAUGUUGUUACUCGUUUCCUAAUCUGUGUAUAUCUCGAUGUUUUUAAUAAGAUGUUCUAUUUUAAAUUAUGUAAAUGCAGAUAUAGAGGAAAGCCAAUAUUAUAUAAUCCCAGGAUUUAAAAAAAAUCUACCUUAUUACCUUAUUGCAUUCCAGAGGAGAAAGACAAAGAGAAAAAUAAAUCUUAAACGAGAAACUCGUGGAAAUAUCGUGAAGGACAACGUCUGGCUUUAAGUUCAGCAAAGCUAAAUAUAUAUAAAUAUAGAUAUAUAGCUAUAUAUACAUACAACACAUACACACACCAAACUCUAAAAUACAAGGCCAUUAACUGCUAUGGUUCGGCGGGAAAAAUAGAAAUAAUUAUGCUGCUGGAAAAAAUACAAGCACAUGAUUUCUAAAGACUUUUUCUACUUGUUUCUCAAAUCCAGGGACCUUUGUUGAUAUCAACCUGAUGCACACAUCUAAAAAAAACAGUUAGUGCUCAAUCUUUCCACUUCAGUAAACAGGUCCUCGUUUUAAAAAUCAACAAAAAUAGCAUUUGACACGGGCUCCAUUUUUUGCUAAUUCAAGGAUAUUUACUUCUGGGUUCAUUUGAAACGGACGAACAGGCUCCGAUCUCCAGAGACCGAGUUUAGAAAUAAAAGAUUAGCACGUAUUUUUUAGACCAAUCCAAUGACUAUUUUCGGUGAACUGCAUGAUUUGUUUUUUACAAAAAAGAUGACUGAGAUGAGGGUAAAUCCACUGACACCAGGGGGCGCUCUUCUGAUUCUUUCAACUUGCCUUUAAUCAGAGGAUGAAGUAAAAACAAAAAAAAUAUUGAUUUAAACUUGAGGUCGGUGUAACGUUGACGUGUGAAGCCAGUUUCUAAACACUGCCAUUCUACGGGAGUCGACUCACGUAAGUGCACACUCCCACCUGCUAGCUAGCGGUCGUAGCUUUGGUUUAUCGGGAACAAUGUCUGGGUCUGCAGCGGUGCCCUGAAAUCGCAGUCUUUACUUUGUGUUGCCUUCUCACAGUGACAUUAGAGCUAGCCAUGUUUUACUGCCAGUUUGAACCUUUUAUGUGGCUGCUGUUUUGCACUGGAUGUCUUUGAAAUUAGCCUGUGGACUUCUUGGGGAUCUUUUUGGACCUUUGUUGGCCGGGUUUAUUUCGGGACCCUUGCAGGGGGACAGAGCAGAAAUCCCCCUGUUGGUUCGUCUUAUUAAAAAAAAAAAAAAGCAACAAUGACAAAUCACAGUUACAGCAGUGUCUUCAGCUUUGUUUUCUUGUUAGCUGCGUCAAGAGAACACAGAAAAAUCAACCGUAAAAGUUAAUGGUCUGUAUGGGCCACGAGUCCAUCGUGUCCUGUACUACGGCUCCAAAUAGGAGAAGAGUACAUUUGAAUCAAUUAAAAAAGCAAAACAUAAAGUCUCUUAUCUCGGAGGAACCUCUUGCGUAUACUCGAUGCUAGCUUCAGGAGGAACUUUCUAAAUGUUUUCAAUGUUAUUGUGUAGUUGAUAGCACUAUUAUGAAAAAAGCUACGUGUCAUUCCAUAAGAGUCUUUGAGGACUGCUUUGUGUAUCACUGUGACUGCCGUACGUUUGUGUGUGUGUGUGUGUGCGUGUGUGUGUGUGUGUAUAGAUGUAGAUCUAUCAGUAGGUAGCCAAAUCCAGUUUGUUCUGUAGUGAUGUCGUAGUGUUUUUAAGCCACUUUUCCUUCUACACGCAGCGAGAGAAAGAAAGUGAGAGUGUGUUUGGUGUCGCCUAACAACACCACGACAACAAAAAGCUAAAGGAGCCGAACGGCAUUUAACCCCAGUGCAGAGGAGUCGCGUCACGCAGCAUUUUGUUGAGCACUGUGCAAUAUUUGUGUGUUCAUCCUAUAGUGUUGGUCCAGCUGGUGUGAUCCAGAUUGUAACCUUGGACAAGGUCCUUUAGUCCAGUGAAAAUGUUAGGACACAGCACACAGAUUCAGCUCCAGUAGACGAGUCCGGCAAACUAAAUGGGAAUCCUGACAGAGAUGUGGAAGAGCAGCAGACGCUGCGCGAGUGUUUCUUUCUGUGUCUCUCUGACACUUUUCACAUUUGUGGUCUGCAGAGACGCCACUACUCCUGUCCUGGUUCUUCUCCCUCUUAAAGAAUUCUACGUGUACAUACUUCAUGUACACAGAACUUUCUUGACCUGGUAUUUCAGUAGUGUUUACAUCACAGUCACAUUUGUUUCACAUUCCUGUGUCUGUAGAGAACUUCACUCUGUCUGAUUCCAUUUUUGUUGCUCUGUACCAGUGAAGAAUUAUAGUCACAUGAUUCCGAAACCCCUGGUCUCAGUCUUGGACUGCAUUCAUACUGCAGGUCUUGUUGGUCAUUUCUGUAUUUUUGCUGAGAUCCUCAAGGCUGGAUCUGGAUUCGCUCCCCAGCCUUUGGACCUUGAAGUGUACAGUAGACCUCCCCGGGCAGGAUCCCAGAGAUACCAGUGUACCUGUCUCUGUGUAACUUUGACAAUCCCGUUCUCACCACUGACUGGUUCAACCUGCUUGUUUCCUCCAUUGUUUACAUGUCACCACUCCCCCCCCCCCCCCCCCCCCCCCCCAACCUGGCACAGAGUUGUUAGUCUAAGUCUGUGAGUCUAAAUGACCAAAAACAUCAAAUACACAUCUGAUAUAAAAACGCACGUGAAAAUGACGUUAGUUGGAUAUGAACAAUCUGAAUAUUAAUGUUCACACUGUCAAAAAAACCAUCAGAUGUGGGUCACGUUUACCUGCAGUGUGAAGGUAGCCUUUGCUAACUUGGCUGCAGCACUUUUGACCGAGGUCUUAGGAUGUUUCAAACAUUGUCGUUGAGGAAAAAAACUCCCGAAUUUUGUAGAAUUGUUGUGGCCUGGUGGAAGUAGCAGGUGAUUUCAGGUUUUAACAAAUGUUGUACAUUUGUAGAUUUAAUUCACUUUAAUUCACUUCUCUGCACUGCAGUCAUGGUCCAGUAUAAGUCUGCUCCCUGGUACUUUACCAGGUUGGUCUAUGGGUCAGAGGUUGACCCUCGUUGACCUCUGUGUGAGGUGCCCUCCCCCUUUUACACAGGUGUGUUUUCAGUCUCAGCAUCAGAUGUUUCAGGGAGCAUCAGUUAAAAACCCAAACAACAACAACCCCCUCCCACCUUGGUGAAACGCCAUGUAAAUAACUUUACAUCGAGAGGUAUAAUCUAGAUUAAAUAUAAACAAACGUGAAUAGGAUUAUUCAUCUGAAAAUAUCAGUCUAUCUUCGUAUUCGUCAAUCACACACCGAACGUCAUCAACAUUAUUUUUGUUUUUCCAUUCUCUCUGUUAUUGUUGACUCAACUAAAGACCCUGUUUUAUAUUGAGAAGAGAACUCUGAAUGUACAGUACGGUCUGUGUUGGUGUGGAUUACUUUAAAACGUAAAACUAGAUGUAAUUUGCACUUUUUGUUGUAAAAAAAAAAGACGUCAUUUUGUUAAUAUUUCAAUCAUUUAUUUUACCCCGGCAUUUCCAUAUCUACUGUAGUACAGCUGCAUAAACACGUUGCGUGAUUAAUGAAGUCCAGUCCAGCUUCAGUUCUAAACACUUCAAAGUCUGACCAGAGUGUUGUACUUAGAGAGAAAUCCAAAAUCACAGCUGCAAGGAAAUGAAACAACAGACAGAAAUAUCAGGGAAUGGAGUCGCAGGCGGCGUUACGUUGAACAUAGACUGUACAUAAACAAAAAUGGGUCAAGCUAAUGGUUUCAAACUGCGGCUGCAGUAUGGUUCUACGCCCCAUUCCUAUGUACAGUCUAUCAGUCAGUCCAACCCAUCAGAUUGGGUCACGUGUGGGGAACCGAGACCCACGGAAGCAUCAAGCCAUUAGCUGCUCCGCAGCACUACGCUCCUCUCGCUCCGAUCUCCUCCAAAAUAAAGGCACAAGUCAUCAACCCUCUCUGCCUCCCCCCUCCUCCCUGCCGCCCCUUCCAAAAUUCUCAAGCUCUCUGUGUGAGCAGGAGGUCGAGAGUCUCUCUGUGACACCAACACAAACGACCACACUGACUUUUGAGAAACAAAGCUGUGUAAAGUAUUAGAAUCUGAUGCUGUAGAAAGAUCCUAGUUGCCUUUGUGUAUACCAACUGCCUGCUUGAGUAUUUUGUGUGUGGAACUUUUUCUCUGUAAUCUCGUAGAAAAAACUGUUUUUCCUGCCAUAUCGCUCGCCCCCACUCGAGGGCGCGUCUGCUGACAAGUUCAACUUUUUGCCAUCUGCCUCUUCAUUUUCUUCUUCGUUUUCCUUUUUUCCCCCCUUUUCUUUUCCUCUUUUUAUGGACAAGGUGUUUGACAGUUUCUGUUUUCACUUUGUGUAGUGAUUCACUCUGUGGAGUUUUCUGACUGUUGUUAUAUAACUUCAUAUACACACAAAUGAUCAAUAAAAAUGUUUUAUUUCCUGUUGA